AUGUCUCUCGGAACGCAGGGCGCUCUCCCAGAGGGAGCGCAGGACAACAACCCCGACGUCGAAGCGCAAUGGGCCGUACAGGCGGGAAAGCACAUGGAAACAUACUGGAACAUCCUUGAGAAGGUCAAGGGCUCCAGCCUCCGCCUCACGAAAUUUGACGACGACAUCUACGCCCACUUCAAGAAGGACUUCCCCGAGAUCGACGUCAGCGGCACGCUCGACCAGGACGCAAUGAAGAGCAAGGAGGGCAAGGAGCGGUGGCGCAAGUUUAUGGAAGAAUACAAGAACACGGUCGAUGACUACAACUUCGGCACCAUGCUGCGCGACUCUCCAAAGGCCGAGUACGGCCCGGAUACCACUAUGAUGUCGGUGCGGAUGCAGUUCUACGCGAUCGAAAUUGCCAGAAAUCGCGAGGGUCACAACGAUUGGGUCUACGACAAGGCGCACGGCAACUGA